AUGAGUUAUGUGUUUCCAAAAAUCAAGAAAGCAAUUGAGGCUUCUUCUAGAUACUGGGAGAGUGCAUUAAUUAUUGAUGUGAAAAUACCUGAAAAUGCACUUAUUCAAAGAACUUGUGAAACUAGUUCAGUAAGAAAGACUGAAUUAGAAAAUAGACCACAUUGUAGAAGAGAUUAUUGUAGUAAAAUGGAAACAUGUUUUAAUGCAACAAUUCCUGAUCAAUAUUUAUCAGCAUGUUACAAUAGAAAAUAUGCAAAGAGUAAAUUGAUUCAUUCUGAAGGAAGAGGAAUAGCUCCGAAUGAAUAUGUAUUACUUGUGAGCAAUUACAAUUUUUCAUGUGGUGAAGGUGUACUAGCCUGGGCUUCACACUGUAGUCGAGAUCCACAAACUUCAAGGCCUAUCUUAGGUAUAAUAAAUUAUUGUAUAUCAGCUGAACGUAUUGCCCGUACAAAUGAUGAUUUCCUAGAAGGAACUACAAAACAUGAAUUAUGUCAUGCAUUGGGAUUUGUUCCUACUAUUUAUGCUAGAUUACCAGAUUUAAGUCCACAAUAUCGAAUGCCUAAUGGCAACUUAAGACCUGUACAGAACGUAACGUUGAGAUGGUUAUCAGCUGUUGGUGAAUUUCGAAUUACUAAACAAGUACUUAGACUACCAAAUAUGCUUAGAGAAGCAAGAAGACAUUUUAGAUGUAAUCAACUUCAGGGAAUCGAAUUACAGGGCGGUCAUCUUAGUCAUAGAAUCAUGGGAAUUGAUCUGAUGACACCUACGAAAUUCAGUACAUAUACUAUUUCCAGAAUAAUGCUGGCUUAUUUCAAAGACACAAACUUUUAUGAUGUCGACUAUAGUGUGGCCACUGAAUUUAAAUGGGGAAAAGGUUUAGGUUGUGAUUUUGUGACGAAAAGCUGUUAUGAAUUUAUUAAGAAUAGACAAAGAAGACGAGAAGACAUCGAACCGUUCUGUAAUACUAAUGAUGAAUUAAAAUGUAUAAAUUCUGAAAAUGUAUUAGGAUAUUGUCAAGUGUAUCAAUAUAAAGUUGAAAUGGAACCUGAAUUUCAGUUUAUAGAUAACUUAUUUAAUGUUAGUGCAGACAAUAGAAAAUAUUAUGGAGGUUUGAAUAUAUUUGACUAUUGCCCAGUACUUACUGUAGCUACCUCUAUGGAUGAUAAGCCAUUAACUUGCGAAAGUCAAGCAAAUGGAAAACUAGGGUAAUCGUCCAGGAUCAAGGAGAGACCAAGUGAUACAGAAGAUGUAAUGUACAGAUCUAAUGUAAUAUUGAUUUGUUAACCAUUUGUUACUUCAUUACAUAACUAUUCAUUGUUGUGUUUAUCAUUUAAAGUUUUAUGUGUAUUUUAAAU